GUUAGAUUGAAACCGAGAAAAAACUAGCUAUUUUGUUGCUUGUAUCCCAUAAAUUUUUAGGGCCGGCUCUUACUAUAUCGUCCUUCGAAGUUAAAUACAGGACUUUCGCUAUGGUAAGUUGGUAACCAAGCUGAUAUGUAUUUCUACAUGACCUUGAAAAACUUUUUGAUGAUCUUUUGUUAAUUAACAUUGACGUAGCGGUACAUAGAAGGCCUAAUAGCAGACUAAGCCUAGAAGCCCAAAUUCUAAACAUUCACACGACAACCCAAAUUUUUGACUAUACUAAGCAUCUCUAGGGACCUGGUUAAUAAAAACAUUUCCCUGUAAGAAAGGAAAUUUUAACUUUUUAACCCCUCUUUAAACAGAACACACAUCUUCCCUCUCCUGCCUGAGUCCUUUCCCCCAAAAAACCUGGACAACCAUUGCAGUUCCCAAUUUCCUCUUUAACCUUUUUCAAAGUUUCGUUUUUUUCGUAAUCUCUUUCUUCUUCGGCGAAUUUCGUAUUCAACUUCUCUUUCUCAAAUGAGUUCUAGAGACAGAGGAUCACCUUCUUCGUCUUCGUCUUCUUUGUUACCAGGAAUAGAUCGGUAUAAUGAAAAAGUGAAGAAUCAGAUACAAGCACUUGUUCGUGUUAUUAAAUAUGCUCGUACCUGUAGAGAAGACAAUGUCCCAUCUCUUAUUGAAGAGGGUCUUUAUCUUGGAUCCGUUGCAGCAGCUUGUAACAAGGAUGUUUUGAAAGCUUACAAUGUUACACAUAUCUUGACUAUUGCUAGUUCUUUGAGACCAGCUCACCCUGAUGACUUUGUUUACAAGGUUGUUCGAGUUGUGGAUAAGGAAGAUACAAAUUUGGGAGUAUACUUUGAUGAGUGUGUUGAUUUCAUUGAUGAAGCCAAGAGACAAGGCGGUAGUGUUCUUGUUCAUUGCUUUGCUGGCAAAUCACGGAGUGUCACUAUAGUUGUUGCGUACCUAAUGAAGAAACACGGAUUGACCUUAGAUCAAGCAUUGCAACACGUUAAAACCAAAAGACCCGUGGCAAGUCCUAAUGCCGGUUUCAUCAGACAGUUACAAGUUCUAGAGAAGUCUAUGCAAGGGAAGCAAGAACGGAUUGCUCAAUGUCAAGCAUGAAGACCUAUCGUACCUUUGGAAGGAAUCUUGUAAAAAUCUCACACGGAAGCACCAUCAUAUGUUUUGUUGUGUUUUCUCCUUGUUUAUAUGUAUGUAUGUAGUAACACUAGUUUCAAAUUUUUCAAUGUAUCAUGAAUGUAAAAAGUGAACUCAAAAUUAAUAAGAGAAGAAUAAAAAUCUUUUGCA